AUGGGGCACCUCCGUGUCCUGUUGCUCAGCCUGGCAGCCCUCCUGCUCCUAUCAGCGCCAGCGCAUGCGAGCAGGGAGCUGCAGCAGAGCGAGGUGAAAGUGUGCCGCUAUGCCUGUGGCAUGGGCCUGACCUGCAUGAACGGCGUCUGCAGCGCCACGACAGUCAAUGACUUGAGCAGCGCAUCGCCUGACAGCGGAAGCAGCCCGGCCAUGAGCGCUGAGCCUGCCUCACCAGCCCCAUCAGACUCCCCAUCACUGGCCGGGGAGAGGCAGUCUUCAGUGGCGGUGGGCAGGAGCCCUGUGCCCCUGGAGAGCCACAGCGAUGAGGAGAACCAGGAUCGCUUCAGCGCAGCGCAGGCUGCUUCCAUGUCCUUCAUCGACACCAACAUGGACACAGCCACCAUCGCUCUCUCACCCGGCAACUCGCCUGCCCCUGGUGUGGUGUCUGUGGUUGUGAUCGGGCCCACCCGGGGGGAAUCUGCGAGCCCAUCUGCUCCUGAGUCGCCCUCGCCCGCAGCAUAG